CCAUCAAGGGGCAAGCACUUUCCGACUUUCAAGUUGAGUGCACCGCUAGAGAAAUGACAAGAGCCCAGGUUGAAACUCGGGAGGAGAAGGAUUGGUGGAUAAUGAGCAUCGAUGGAUCUUCUGGGUCUCAAUCUUGCGGAGCAUGUAUCGUCUUGAUCACCCUAGAAAAAUUAUGGAUUGAAGAUUCUUGGUAAGAUGGGAGUAUCCAGGGUUCAAGUUUACACCGACUCCCGAUUAGUGGUGGGACAAAUCACGGGGGAAUUUGAAGCAAAGGAAGAGAGAAUGAAAAGAUACCGGGACUUGGCCUUAGAGAUGUUGGGAAGGUUUGAGUUUAAGCUUGAACAUAUUCCCCGGGCCCAGAAUGCGGAGGCUGAUGUUCUCUCCAAGCUCAGCGCAGAGUCACCGGAAUACAUAAGCAAGUUAGCAACCAUCGAAGAGCUGGUAACCCCUAGUCUUAACAGUAGUGAAGUGAUCUCGGUAUCAGCUCAUCCCCCAGAGUGGCUGGACCGAUUGGCCAAAUACAUUGAGGACGGUGAAGCCCUGGAGGAUCCCCAAGAAGCACGUCUAUUACGAAUGAGGGCGCCAACCUACAAGGUGCAGUAUGGAGUCCUCUAUAAGCGGUCUUAUAACGGUGUUCUACUCCGUUGCCUCAGAGCAGCAGAGGCGAAGGCAUUGAUGGAAGAAAUACAUGAAGGAGUGUGUGCUGCACAUCAGGGUCCUUACUCCAUUUCCAGAAGGGCUAUUAUCCAGGGGUAUUUCUGGCCAACGAUGAGGAAGGAUUGCGAAGAAUAUGUACGCAAGUGCCUGACCUGCCAACAGUUCCAGAAUAUACCCGGGAGGCCAGCCACAAAUUACACACCCAUCAUCUCUGUGAUUCCCUUUUCGAGAUGGGGAAUCGAUAUUGUGGGAGCCCUGCCAAAAGGAGCUGGGCAGGCAAGGUGGAUUGUGGUGGCGAUAGACUAUUUCACAAAGUGGGUGGAGGCCGAGCCGCUUGCGGGGAUCACCGGAAGGCAGAUGAUCGACUUCGUUGGAACCAAUAUACUCUGUAGAUUUGGGGUCCCGAAGCAGAUCAUAUCGGACAAUGGAACCCAGUUUGAGGAAGCAGAGUUUCAAGACUUUCUCAAAACUUGGGGAAUUCAGCAUACAAAGGAAUAUAAAGGGGUGAAUUCGCUGGCCCUUGCUUCCCUGCCUGAACCAGAAGAGAACCUCAAGGCAUGAAGGCAUGGAGAGUGUCCGCU